AUGCCGGCCUUCAUGGAUUUGCCGGAGGCUCAUGAUGUCCCCAUGCCGGCAAGCACAACAGGUUGGUUCCAACGGGAGCCGGUCUGGAUCGACGACAGGCAAAUGUUGCUGAAUGUGGAGUGGGCGUGCUUCCUGCUCUAUGCAGCCGCUGGCAUCGGCGGCGUACUUCUGAUCCCGAAGAGACCCAGGUCGACCUCCGGAGCUUCGGCCACAAGACGUGCCAUGCUGCCCGGAAUGAGGAGUCGGCGACAACUGGCGCUUGGCCUUUGCAUCGCCAAUGCUGUGCGAUGUUUCAGCUUGUUCUUGGAGAUCGAGAACCGGGAAGGACGUUUGACAGAUCUGCUACGACAGCUGGGUCCGACCCAGAUGCAGUGGCUGUGGGACUUAAUCUCUCUAUGUCCGACAGUGGUGUAUUUGUCCGCUUUCUCUAUAGUCGUCUCUUUUUUCGCCCAGCUCCACUACGCCAUCAACGUGGUUCCACUUCCGCUGUUGGACUGCCUGGUGGUGUGCGUCAAUAUUGCGUGCUACUUUCUAGUGGUGGCCGUUGCUGUUUGCACGUAUUUGCUGUGUGCGUAUCACCACCUCCGAGCAUACCUUUCGUGCAUCAUUGGCUUCCUCUAUGUGAUACUGGCAUGGUCAAUGCUGUACUACGGGAUGCAGGUCGUGACGCAGCUCGCUGAGAUCUGUCGAAAAGACCCUCCUGUGCGAAUGCUCAUCACCAGAGUGGGCGUCGUCUCCGUAUUCUGCCCGGCACUCUUUCUGGUCAGAGCGGUUUGCCUGCUCGGUUGGGGAAGCUCCAUGGCUGCCCCGUCCACCGGAGUUGACCUGCUGCUUGCGCUCUGUUCCGAGUGGCUGCCAACAGUUGUGGUGAUAGCGUGCCUCAUCCCGAUUUCGACCUCUGACUUCCCGGAGGAGCUCACGGUUGACUCUGAGUCGGACCCGGACUCCCCGGGAACGGAGGUGCCGGCACUGCACGAGCCGUUGAUGGCAAGGGAGUCCGGAAUCGGCGACAACUGGAAGCAGCUCUAUCCAGCGGUAUGA